AUGGUUCAAUGGAAGAAGCUGUUUGGUUUGGACGGCAACCGGGACCAACACAUGUGGAGAGAUGAAGCCCGUCGCCUUCUGCCCAGCUACCACGAAGAUGCGAUACCCUCUGCCAUUGCCGCACCCGAGGUUACAAAGGUUGCUCUGCGUCUGCGCUACCUGAUCGAAGAAUGUAUACCCUGCGAGCUGGAGGAAAGCAGGGUCACCGAGUCGCAUAGUCGAAUCAUCACACAUAGCGUCAUACAAGCAGCGCGCAAAGCUGGCGAAACAGAUGGGAAUGACUACGGCUCCUGCGUUGUGUAUGCACUCCUGGUCAACAAGCGCUGGUUCAAGAAGCAGGCUAUGCUUGAACUGUGGGAUGCGGAUCUGCAUAAUGUCAGGGCUGUGGCCUGCGAGGUUAUUGCAAAGCAACUCAUCGAGACUGAGGACAACCAAGAAUACCUCUUACAGGAUAUCCUUCUCAAGCGCUACUCUAUCAUGAUAGAUGGAGAGCAGACUUCUCCAGCCAAUGUCAUUGAACGAGCCGUCGACUUGCACGCUCUCAGGGUGACAGGCUCUUCAGGAUAUCAGAAAUGUGUAAACUACCUCUGGCGCGGCUGGUUGGUCCAGGACGAAAACGAUCCAAGCACCUUCGUAGAGUACAAACAGAAAUCCGAUACCCGAUACUGGACACACGUUGAUCCGGAUCGCAUGCGUGCCCCAGUCUACCAGAAUGCUACCCAGGUAGUCUUCUCACUCAUUUAUCUCGGCUUGUACACUGGUGCUAUCAACACAGUCAACCCCACAGGAGAUCUAGAUAUCGUAGAAAUCAUUCUAUACAUCUUUACGUUCGGAUUUCUCUGCGACGAAUUCUCCAAGUUCUGGAAAGUUGGGCGGUUCUAUCUUGGUUUCUGGAAUGUGUUCAAUCUGGUUCUCUAUGCCUUACUCACUACCUCACUGGUAACGAGAUUUAUUGCGCUCAGCCACCCUCUGAAGGAGAAUGGUAAACGGGGCCCAAGAGAGGAUUUUAAUGAACUAUCCUACAAUUUCCUGGCAUUUUCGGCUCCCAUGUUUUGGAUGCGGCUUCUACUGUACCUCGAUUCAAUCCGCUUCUUCGGUGCCAUGUUGGUCGUCCUGAAAGUUAUGAUGAACGAGUCACUCAUCUUCUUCGCCCUUCUUAUUGUCAUCAUCGUUGGUUUCUUGCAAGCCUUCAUCGGCAUGGAUAAUGCAGACACCAAUGCAGAUGCAACUUCUUUCAUCCUCCAGGCCAUGGCCAACGCCGUCAUGCAAUCCCCAGACUUCUCCGGAUUUGACAACUUCGCUCCUCCGUUUGGGUUGAUUCUCUACUACAUCUUUGCGUUCCUGAUCAUGGUCAUCUUGCUCAACAUCCUCAUCGCUCUCUACAACUCGGCAUACGAAGACAUCACGGUCAACGCCAUCGACGAGUACAUGGCUCUCUUCUCUCAGAAGACCAUGCAAUUCGUGCGGGCACCAGAUGAAAACGUCUUCAUUGCCCCCCUCAACCUCGUCGAGAUAUUCUGCCUUGUCAUCCCAUUCGAGUGGUGGAUGCCUCGUAAGCAAUAUGCGAAGCUCAAUGACUACGUUAUGGCUGUGCUUUACAGUCCGUUACUGUUGGUUGCUGCGUGGUUCGAAACCCGCAGUGCUAACAGGGUGAGGAGCAAUAGGAAGAGGGGUGAGGAAGACGACGACACUGUUGAGGAGUGGGAACAAUUAGCUGGAGAGCUGGACAUCGAGGGGGAGGGAUGGGACAAAAAAGUCGCACAGGUGAAGCCUAACGUUGAGGAAGAUCAGGCAACGGUUGAAGUUAAGGCUCUGCGGUGUGAGGUACAGGAGUUGAAGGAGCUUUUGCUUCAGCUUGUUAAGAGAGGUGGGGGGGAGGCGAACGGGAGUGGAUCCUAG